CGGAAGAACAAAAGAAGAACACAUUCAUAGCAAUUCUCCUUAUAGUUAUUGCCUGUCUGUUGAAUUUACAUAACAGGCUUUAUCAUACAGAUAAAAAACGAAGAUAAACAAUGGGAGGAUCACAAUCAAAAGAAACAACAUUGGAAUAUAACAAACCAUGGAGGGACACUCCCUGGGGACUGCAAGAAGAUUUGGAGAAAAAAAUAAAAGAGUUCAAGUUGAGCGUUCAAAAUAUUGAGCAUGUGAGGAUCAUGGUAAUUGGAGAAGUUGGCGCAGGAAAAACCAGCUUCAUCAACUCAGUCAAUAGUGUUUUCCAGAAAAGAAUCACAAAUGAAGCCCUUGUUAACAAAACAACUGAUAUUAGCACAACCUUCACAAAAUGGCUCAAAACCUAUUACAUAAGAAAUGCACAGUCUUUUUUGCCGUUUGUCUUAACUGACACCAUGGGCUUAGAGUCUGAAGAUUUACAUGGUGUACAUACAGAGGACAUUGUCAAAGCCAUGGAGGGCCACAUAAAGGAAAGAUACAAAUUCAACCAAACAUGUACUAUUGUUCCUCAAGAUGUGGGCUACAGAAGUGAUCCAAGCCCUCAGGAUAAGACAUACUGUCUUGUCUACAUCAUGGCAGCUGACAAAAUAUCAAUGAUGACUGAUAAUGUCCUCAAAAAGAUUAAAUAUAUUAAGAAUAAGGCCAAUGAACUAGAAAUUCCUCAGGUAAUCAUCAUGACAAGGCCGGAUGAAGCAUGUCCACUGGUACAAAAAGACUUAAGAAAAAUCUACACUAGCAAGAAGAUAAAAGAGAAGCUGAAGGAGUGCUCUGAACUUACAGGUAUCUCAAUGAGCUACGCCUUACCUUUGAAGAACUACCAUGACAAAAUUGAUACACAAAACGACAUUGAUGUACUGAUUCUGAGGGCAAUUACUCAAAUUCUGCACUUGGCAAAUGAUGCAUUGAGAAUGAAGUUCAAUGAAAAUACAAAUUCUGAAUGAAGCACAAUAAAGAUUUUAGAGGGGCUUUAGUUGCUUCAUUCUUUAGCUGCCUCAUUCUUGCAUAUUUGGUUAAAUCAGGCCUGGACACAUUUCUAAAAGUCACAAAGAAAUGAAAGUAGCAAAAGAAAAAAAAAAGUAAUCAUGUAACAGAUUAUUGAAAAACGUAGGGUAGGGACAUUGGUUGUUGCUUGAAUAUUGAGAUGUGAUGUGUAUAUAUAAAUAUAUAAAUGCAAAAUAUCUUGUAUUUGUUCUUGGAUGUUGUGUAGGAAAUUUUUAAUUGAAUCAUUUUCAAAUUAAUCUUAAAAUCAUUUAAUUAUAAAUGAUGACUAACAAUUCCAUUUUUCCUGCAGGCCUAACCUUUAAGUGCGUAUUAGGGAACAGAAAUGUUGUAAUCUUGAAUAGUGUUGCAAUAGCGAACCCAUAUAGACAAAGACGAGAUGGCUAGAUGUCUAUCUGAAAAUAAUAAUAACCAUAUGAUCUUGUGAUUUGGGGAACAAGAUGAAGUAAUCAGUAACAGAGGCGGGAUGCUGAUUUGACAUAUAAAUGAACCAAUCAUAUUAAAAGGAGAAUGAAGUAAUGUGACAUAAUGUUACUUUUACUAUGCACCUUUGCUAUAUAAACUCUUGUACUCUUUUGGUUGGGGUGAUUGGAAUGAGAUC